UCAUUUACAAACUGACUGAGUCUCUAGGCCAGCAGGUUAAGAAGGGCAGUCACCCUUCCAUCCUAAACAUCGUAAUUCACCAUUAGAGAGAAAUUACGAAACGGACUUCUGUACCGAGACAGCAGCGAGGGAAACCUCCACUGUGAACUUAAAUACUUAGAGGGAAAUAACUAACCAGACUUCUGCACGGAGACAGCAGCGAGGGAACCUCUACAAUAAAACUAACUAAUUUACACACAUAUGCACUUAUGCGUUGGCGAUAGAUGAGCGGUUAGAAAAAAAUUCUGAAACCAAAUUAUAACAAAAAGGGAAUAUAUAUACAUAUAUGACGAAUAAUAAACACACUUAUAUAUACUCAAACGAAACAAUCAAUAUAAAACUAAUUUAUAUUGCUUUAUUUUUAGUAAAUGAAAACACAACAACACUACAUUACCGGUCUAUCACACAGCACCUAAUUGUGCUAAAACACAAUUCGCAAAAUCCGACUCAUUGUCCAAAAUAAACGGCGAGUAAGCCAUUAAGUUUGUAAACUAAUCUACUUUUAAGCCCCACACACACACACCCAAUCACAUAAUUUUAUAGAUAGAUAUACACAUACACCUUGAACACAGAGUAAUUAUAUUAAAAGUUCAGUACUCGGACACCCUUUCUAUUUAAUGUCGACAAUAAAGGGAAAACUGUUACCGAGCAUCAGGACUAGAGCUACGAGUAACUUGCCUAAGAACAGUACACCAAAUUCUAACGAAGACUUAUUACCUAGGGCACCUAGUGACACGUCUAAUAUGAACUCCUCCUCUAUUUCCCCACCUCCUAACCAGAACAUGACUAUCGACCGACCAGCCGACAUUUGGUCCCGGACCAAAUUAGGUUUUUGACGGUAAACCCGAGGAUCUUAACGAUUUCAUUUCCAAUGUAGAAGAGAUUCUACUGUUCAUCAGGGACUGAUCAGAUCCCCUACGGACAAAUGCUCCUCAGGGCAAUCAGGAACAAGAUUGAAGGGAAAGCCAACGACAUUCUGAAAGAAGUAGGAACUACUCAGAACUGGGGCGACAUUAAAGAAACAUUACUAGUUCACUGUACGGACAAGAGAGACGAGCCAACCUUAAUGUGCGAACUGCACGGUUUGGCUCAAAAGAACCUCUCUAUUCAAAACCUUUAUGACCAGAUUUCAACCUGCAAUGCAGCACUCCAUAGGUUAGCGGAAAACGAAGAGUCUGAACCAUUAUUGGUUAAGACUAAAAAACAAAUGUUUUCCAGUGCAAGUCUGCACGUAUUUUUGACGGGCCUUAGAGGUCCACUUGGAGGCACGAUUAGGUCUAUAAGACCAGAGAAUCUCAGAGAAGCUUACAGAUUACACAAUCAACAGGGAAAUAAUCGUUACAAAUUUAACCAACAGGGCAAUAAUCAGAACAGAAAUGGCCAACAGGGAUACAACAAUAGCAACCCUUUUAAUCAGAAGAAUCAUUCUAAUACCAGGGCAAUUCAAGGUCCUCCUACUCCCAAAAAACCGUCAGGAAACGCAAACUCACAUUUUACCGAACAACAACAAUACGAACUGCACAACAUUAACGAGGGAGCAAAUUUUCAAGGACCGGCCUCGAUCCACAAUCAGGGUACUUAAACAAAGAUAAAUAUGGCCCUAUACUUCCCUACGUAAUUAUCAAUUUGAAUAACAAACCUUUACGUUUUCUGGUAGACACAGUGUCCUCCGUCUCUUUUAUUAGCCCUGAUUUAAUCCCUAUAACAGAACACAUAGAAUUGACCAAUCCCGUCAUAAUAAAGACAGUUAUUAAUACACACAAACUCUACACAAAGGUCGAUGUUCCGCUAUUUAAAGAAUUCAAAGACCACCAACGCUUCUCCAUGAUUUUAUUUCACUUCCAUGAUUUCUUCCAUGGCUUGAUAGGCAUGGACAUACUCUGACCAAAUAACGCCGUUCUCAACCUGCCUGAAUCAAGUCUCCAAACUACACUAUGCAAAGAAACCCCGCUACCAAAGUUCACAUAAUCGAAGAAUUUUCUAAGGUCGUGUUAUUUUUACCUGUAAAUUUGCCUAACGGCACUUUCUUCUGUGAGGAUCUUCAAAUUAAAACAACUUGAUAAUUUCCGGUGGCCUUUAUGAAGCCAAAGAUAAUAAUAGCUUGAUGGAGGUGGUAAACUAUGCCGACCACAAACAGAACUUUGUACUAGAUUCACAUUUAAAAGUCGAUCAAUAUCAUAGAGAUCAAUUUUUAGAAUUUGAUCCUAAAACCAAAUCAAAGACAAUCCAACCACAAAAUGUAAAAGACGAAUCAAUGUGCAUUAAAUGUGAUCAUUUAAAUGCCGAAGAAGACUCUGCUCUAAGGAAGCUUUGAAAACCAAAAACGUUCUUUUACAAACCACAUUAAACUCCAAAUCAAAACCACUGACGACAUUCCUAUCUAUAAUAGGCCGUUUAGAUACAGUAGAGUCGAAAGUCAGGAAAUCCAAACGCAACUAAACAAAUUACUCGACCAAGACAUACUUAAGCAUAGCCAUAGCCCCUGGAGCGCUCCUAUAUU